AUGAUCCGAGAGCUGCCUGGCUUUGCACACCUCGACAUCCCUGGGCCAGCUGUGACUGGUGCCAUCCUGGACAGCCCCGACCUCAAUUACUAUGAGAAGCUGGUGCUGUGGCGUAUCUACACGACUGCGGCGGCCGCGGCCACCAAGCCUGAGUCCGCCCCGCCAACCAUCGACGUGGCGGCCCUCAACAGCGAUAUGGGAUGGGUCAUCAACCUGCUGGACUCCCUCAACAGCGCCGACAUCACCUGGAGCGAUGUUGUCAGCAGGGUGCUGCAGACCCUCCACGAGGCCACCAACGUGGCCGAGGACAUUGGAGGGGUGGCGGGCAUAUGGCUCGAGUAUGAUACACAGGUCCUGGAGGACGAGACCGGCUACUCGCUGACUGCCACGUCUGACGCGGUGGCCCAGCUGGAGAGGGACGGCCUGGUGACACGCAAGAGGGGCAUGUGCAGGACAACCCGUAUCCGCUGGCCGGCCCUGGAGCAGAAGGUGCUGUUUGAGGAGGGGCAGGACGACGGGGACGACCUGGCGGCAGCUGAGGGGGCUCCAGCCAUGGAGGACGGGGAGCACGGCGCUCACGGGCACGCCGGCCCCGACUUCGGGGAUGUGGAGUUCGAGUUCGGCCGCCUCGACGCCGCCCGCGAGGCCGCCGCGGAGCAGGCCGCCGCGGACGCGGCCGCGGCGGCGGACGCGCGGGAGGCGGCGCUGAUGCAGCUGGACGGGGGCGGCGGCAGUGGCGGUCCCCCCAGCCCUGGGGGCGCCAGCGGGUGGGAUGCGGACGAGGACGAGGACGAAGAUGUCAGGCGCGCGCUGGAGGCGUCGCGGCGCGCGGCCGAGAGCGGCGACGUGUACGCGGCCAUGCUGGCAGACACAGAGGUCUACCAGGCGCAGCAGCGGCGGCAGCAGCAGCUGGCGCAGCAAGCGCUGCAGGUGCUGCCGCCGCCGCCACCGCGUCAGCAGCAGCAGCAGCGGCAGCAGCAACAGCAGCAACAGCAGCAGCAGCAGCAGCAGCAGCAGCAGCGGCCCCCGCUCCCGCCCGCUCUGGCGCCGGAGGAGUGGCCGACGCUCCAGGAGGCGGCGCUGCACCCGGAGGUGUUUGUAGAGGAGUGGUCGGGCUGCUUGGACGACGGGCUGGGGACGGGGGAGGAAAACGGGGCUGACGAUGAGUUGCUCGCCGACGGAGGCGCUGCGGACGGGGAUGUGGAUGCGGCUGGGGCCGGCGCAGAGGCGGGGACGGACGCGGAGAGUGACGGAAACGGCAGGGAGGAGGGAGAGCAGCAGCAGCAAGAGCAGCAAGAGCAGCAGUCCAAUGGCAAGAACAUGGGGCCGCCGUCUGGGUGGCAACCUGUGUUUGUGCCGGUCAUCACGCGCUCACAGCUUGCGUCAGAGGCCACCGAGGCGCGCAUAUUGCUGGAGGCGGUGGCCUACCGUGCACGCGGCGCGGGGCGUGCCGGCCGCGCCUCAUUCCGAGACGUUGUGCGCACAGACCCACAGCUCUCUGCAUACCAGAAGAUCAUCAUGUGA